AUGAGCCAAUGUCUCUCAAUUGCCCAAAGCACAUUGAAAGCUCUGUGGUACCACUUGUAUACCCUCUGGCUGUUCGUCUUCAGCGAUUUCAAAACUAUUGUAGCACCAAGUACGAUUUUCGGAAUCACAAACGCCUGGGCCGCUUCAAAAUACGACCCGCAUGUUCCAGGAGCGCUAUCUCCUCCUAAAACCUUCAGCGAUUCUCCAAAGUCAAUUCGAAGAACUCUGGCGGCAGUAUCAUGGCUUCUGAUCAACUUGAUCCCAUUUGCCAUCAACAACCAGCGGGGUGAAAGAGCCAUUGCCGAGGACAGUUUGAACAAGCCAUGGCGCCCCUUUCCUCGCGGUCGGAUUUCUCACCAGUGGGGCACACGAGUCAUGGUCACUCUAUAUAUACUUGCCCCGAUAUAUAGUAUUGCAUUCGCUGGUGGGGUCCGACAUUCUGUGGCUUUGAUAUGGUUAGGGCUGUGGUACAAUAACUGGGGUGGCGCAGACAAGAACCCGGUCAUUCGGAACAUUAUCAACGGACUGGGGUAUACCUGUUUCGCAUCGGGAGCGAUGGAAGUGGCCUUGGGCGGCUCUUUGCUCUCUCUUCACCCGCUUGGGUGGUUGGGACGGUGGCUUCUUGUCAUCAUCGGGAUUAUUUUCUCUACCGUCCAAUUGCAGGACAUGUCCGAUCAACCCGGCGAUGCUAAACGCGGUCGGCGAACGGUGCCCCUGGUCUGGGGUGAUACUGCAGCGCGCUGGACUAUUGCUUUACCCAUGCUCUGUUGGGGAAUAUGGUGUCCGAUAUUUUGGGGUGUUUCGUCUCUUUGGUUCACUAUCAGCAUGGCAUUGGCUUCGCUGGUGGCCUUGAGAACUCUGAUGUCUUUCGCACAUCAGACGGUGCUCAUCACUGGCGCCAAUGUCGGCUUAGGGCUAGAAGCUGCAAGGCACAUCACGCGACUAGGCGCAGCACGAGUAAUCCUGGGUGUUCGAAAUGUGGCUGCAGGCACAGAAGCAAAGGAGCAAAUUGAGAAGUCUACAGGUCGCCUAGGCGUCUGUGAAGUGUGGGAGGUUGAUCUGGCUUCCCACGCCUCGGUCCUUGCCUUUGGCGAGCGCAUUUCCAAGCUCCCCAAGCUCGACGCAGCCAUCCUCAAUGCAGCACUUGCCACAGCGGAGUUCAGUACUGUCGAGGGUUAUGAGCGAACUGUGACUGUCAAUGUCAUCAACACUCUACUCCUCGGUCUUCUCCUCCUACCAACUCUGAAAGCCACACGACAAAAAACCCCAUCGCACACACCCCGACUUACCUUCGUUGUGAGUGAGGUACACGCAUGGGUUGACUUUACAGAAUGGAAGGAAGAUGAGCCAAUGAAGGUGGUCAGCGACCAAACAAAAGCCAAAAUGGGCGAGCGGUACCCAUUAUCGAAGUUGCUCGAGGUGCUGCUUGUGCAGGAACUGGCGGGCCGAGUUCGUGGAUCAGAGGUGAUCAUCAAUAUGCUCAACCCCGGUCUCUGCCACUCACAGCUGGGGCGAGAGGGUGGCUGGAAGUUCACAUUGAUGAAAAUGGUAUUGGCGCGGUCCACGGAGGUUGGAUCUCGAACGCUAGUGGCGGGCGCUACAGCUGGACUCGAAAGUCAUGGUGCAUAUAUGCAUGAUGGAUAUGCGGAGAACACUUCGCUUUCACCUUUUGUGCGAAGUGACGAGGGGCGCCAAGCCCGUGAGAAACUAUGGGCUGAGCUGUCGUCGAUCCUCGAGAGUGUUCGUCCUGGGAUUAUGCAGAAUGUCUGA